UUUGUUACUUGCAGGUACAAAGUGCAAUGACCCAUCACCCUCAGACUACCUUCCCCCUGAUUCCAAAGGCAAAAGACGUACAGGGAGGCUAAAGGGGACAAAUGAAGGUGUCACUGCUACAUUGACGUCAGAAGUCAAGCUCGGUGGAAACUCGUCUGCUACUCCGUCUGUACUGUAUGUCUCUGUGCUACAUGCACAGAGAACUGAAGGCAACCAAGGGGUAUCGAGUGAUAAUCCAACCAACCCAGCCUAUGUUCCUCACCUGAGGAUGGGUUACGACGAGGAACAGGCUCUGGAAAAUUCAUUGAAGAAGAAAGCAAGAAGCGUACUUCAAAAAGUUAGAAGCAGAAGGCGAGAAGUGGUGGAAAAACCUGAGGGGAGCAGCACUGCAUUAUUGGAGGAGGAAGAUUGUUCUCAGGUGGAAACUUUUGGAUUUGGACCACUGGAAACUGAAAAACUGGAGACCGAAAGCCCUGAAACUGCUGAAAGUAGCGGAGAGGAAAUUAAUCCUGAUUAUGUUCCAUCUAUGUUACCUACAACGUCCAAGUCUACAGCCACGUUAGAAACCAAGAUCAGCAGAUUCAACAGCCAAAGCAGAUGGGUGAACAGAAAAGGUAAAAAGAACAACAAUCCAUCAUCUCCAGACUACUUUUCCUCUGUUUCCAAAGGCAAAAGACAUAUGAAGAGGUUAAAGGGGACAAAUGAAGGUGUCACUGCCACAAAGAAGUCAAAAGUCGAGCUCUGUGGAAACUUGUCUGCUACUCCGUCUGUGCUGUACGUCUCUGUGCCACGUACACAGGGAAGUGAAGGCAACCAAGUUACGUCUUCAGUUCACGCGGACAUUGUUGAAGUAGUUAUUUAUGAAGACGAUUGUGGUGCUGAAGCACAGACGUGCACAGAUAAGAACUCCGUGUCCACCACAGUCCAGAUGCUGCUGUCCGAGAACCAACAGCUGAGAGACAUGAUGUCAGCGGUGGAUCUUUCUGAAGUCUCGUUCAGAGACAACGAUGAGAAAACUAAAGUGUACACAGGCUUAACUACGUUCACUUUAUUAAUGGCGGUGUUUGACUUGAUCCGUCCCAAUCUAGAAGAAAAACCAAAUGAAGCUUUGACACCGUUUCAGCAGCUUCUACUGACACUUAUGAAGCUGAGACUUGGCAUUCCUCUGCAGUACCUGUCGUAUGCUUUCAAAGUUCAGGACGCCACAGUCCAAAGAACGUUCUCUGAUGUCAUUCAUAUUUUAAAUGUCAAAUUUGUGCCUUUAAUCUUAUUCUGGCCAGAAAGGGAGCAGAUUAGAAGGACAAUGCCGUAUGUGUUCAAAGCUGCGUUUCCAAAAUGUGCUUCAAUAAUCGAUUGCUUUGAAGUUCUCAUUGAAAAACCUGCAGCUUCACAUGCAAAGUCCCUUCAGCAUCCACAUGACAAAAGUCACAACAGCAUGAAGUAUUUAAUUUCUGUGACGCCUCAAGGCUUCGUGAGCUUUGUGUCUCAGGGCUGGGCCGGUUGUACAAGCAAUAGACUUCUGACAGAGCGUUGUGGAUACCUGAGGAACCUUGAGGCUGGAGAUACUGUGCUCGCACAUCGAGACUUCUCCAUAGAGGAUGUUGUUGCGAUACAUGGUGCGGAAUUACAAAUCCCAGAUUUUACAGAAACCAAAGGACUCUCGUACAGAGAAAUUCUGGAGACGAGACACAAAGCUUCUGUGAGAAAACACAUUGAAAGAAUGAUUGGUAACGUGAGACAAAACUACCCAAUUUUACAAAGUACUGUUCCUAUUGAUUUUUUGCAAACCAAUCAGUCAGGACUAACGAUGGUUGAUAAAAUCGUUCGAGUAGCCUGCGGGCUUUGUAAUAUAUGUGAGUCAGUUGUGCCUUUUGAUUAAGUGUAAUACAAAAAAAACAGACUGAGAAUCCCCCUGCUGGUGACUUGUACUGUGGAAUUGAUUGGUUUUGUGUUGGCUUCAUCACUUUGGCAGAUAAAUUAGAAGAUAUUCAUUGAAGCAUGCCUGAUCCCCCCCCCCCUUCUGGUACUGUAUUUGGAAGUUUAAAACCCAAGUAUGUUCCCGAGCUAACCGUGGGAUUUUAGUAAAUGAAGAGAAUGCAGUUAAUGUAUAAAACUCAUAUCUUAAGUGGUCAUGUGUACAGUAUGACACAUUUCUGCACACACCCAGUGGUCGUACCGUGUAUGUGGCCCUUCAGCACUGACAGAACCCAGUAGUAUCAGCAGUAGUGUUGGGAAUCUGUCCUGUCAUCCUCGCUCAGCACUCGCACGUUUUAUCGAGCUGGCUCGAGCUUUUCUUGAGAUAACAUGAAUUGUUAGGUGUUGUCAUAUUGUGGCGGAUGCAAUGUCUAAAACUAUUAAAUAUAAGUUAGGGGAGGUGAUGGUCUAGUGGUUAAGGUGUUGAGCUUGAGACCAGAAGAUCCUCAGUUUAAAUCCCCCCGA